AUGGGUACAAACCAGUACCCAGAAAGUACAGGCAGAUGCCCAUACCUGAAGCACUCGAAACUGCCAAACAGAGGCUCCAAGCCUUGCCUAAAGAGAUACACAAGGGAGAAUGAAUCCAGAAGGAUUAACCGGCUCUUCUCCACUCAACCAGACCAAAUGAACCAGCUGCUACAAAGUGGGACUCAUCCAGAAGGAUCCAUCAAAGGGUCAAGUCCCACCCAACUACCGACCUGCCUCUCCACAACAUGGAAGCUCAUGCAGCUCCACACUCCCACCAACCUGUUCCUCCUUUCUCUUGCUGUCUCAGAUUUCCUUGUUGGACUGCUGCUGAUGCCCAUUAGAAUCCUGCUGACUGGAGGCUGCUGGAUUUUGGGAAGCCUCAUGUGUUCUCUCUUUAACUACACCUCUUUUCUCCUCACAUCUGCCUCAGUAGGAAACAUGGUGCUCAUAUCAGUUGACCGAUAUAUAGCCAUCUGUGACCCUUUGAGUUACCAUGUUAAAGUGACACAAAGAAGAGUUCAAAUCUGUAUCUGUCUGUGUUGGGGCUGCUCUGCAUUUUACAAUGGUGUGAUAAUGAAAGACCAUUUGAUAGAUCCAGACAGAUAUAACUCCUGUUAUGGGGAGUGUGUACUUUGGGUUGAUUUUCUUGUACAAGCUUUUGAUGUCGUAUUCACAUUUCUUACUCCUGUUACAGUUAUUAUAGUUCUGUACAUGAGAGUGUUUGUGGUGGCUGUGUCUCAGGCUCGGGCCAUGAGGUCUCAAACUGCAGCUGUCAGGAUACAAGGUUCAGUUCGCAUAACUGCUAAGAAGUCUGAGAGAAAAGCAGCUACAGUUCUUGGUGUUGUUGUAAUUGUGUUUAUAUUUAGCUUCUGUCCUUAUUUCUAUCCAGCUUUGGCAGGACUGAAUUUUUCAUUCAAUGAUUUUCUUUCAGCAUUUGGGAUCUGGUUAUUUUAUUUUAAUUCAUGCCUGAAUCCACUUAUCUACGCUUUUUUCUAUCCCUGGUUUAGGAAGUGUCUUAAAUUCAUUCUAACACUACAAAUCUUGCAGCCCAGCUCCUGUGACAUUAACAUACUGUAGAUAUAAGAGCUGCAAAUUAGCUAACAAAAUGUUGCUGUUCAUAUUUUGAAUAAAUUAAAGGAGAAAUGA